AUGCCAGCUUCACCGAGCGGCGGAGGGGAAGAGCCUCGUCCUGGCAGGAGAAGAAGGGAGUCACAGAGCCCGCGAGAGGUGUACAUACAGCAGACGGGGGCGGGGAAGAACAGCCAGCGAGAGGCUGGCGACUCCGUUUCCACGCAUGCGCCUUCUGCGACCGCGCCGCUGCCCUCCUUUCCUUCGCUAAACAGAGACGUCAACGAAGGCACAACAUCAAAACGUUUGACUCUCCCCCUUGCUCCCAAUCCGCUGAGUAAUCCAGAGAACUCUUCUUCCUGUUGCUUCUCUUCUUCUCCCCCCUCUUCGUUCCCGUUUUCUUCGUCUGCGUCUUUGGAGGAAUCUUCUCCGCUGUUUGAGAGUCUGGUGUGUUCUGCGGAGUCUCCACACGGGCGCGAGACUGCCUCUGUGCACAGCUUCUCAGAAGUCAGAGCCUCAGGGUUCGCGGUCGCGCUGCCGCUAGUUGGGCUCGUCUCCGGCUCUUCUCGCCAGGAGCGGCGGCCACAGGAGAUUCCGCUCAAGCCUCUAUCCUCCCAGAGAGAAGAAGAGCGAGAGUCCCUCUCCACAGACGGCCGACAGCCCUCCUUCGAGCGCAUCCUCCUCAAGGAUUCAGAAACUCAUCAUUUCUCGGAGGCGAGUUCGCGUUUUCUAGGGGACUCCGAAGCCUCUGCUGCCUCUUUUUUGCCGCUCUUCUCUCCCGCCCCGAGACGUGGAGCUCUGCCGCGCCCGCGCCGCCUGCAUGCGGCUGCUCCGGCGUCGCUGCUGCGUCUCGGCCGCCGCGUCGCGGGGUGUACGUACACCUGGUGUCUGGUGCCUGCGCUGCUGGUUUUCGCAGUUCUGCUCCGCGUGGCGGUUCUCCUCGCAGUGCAUGUUGCGGCUCUCCUGCGGCGGCUGCUCCUCACGGCCAAGCGGACUGUCUGUACACCGGGGAAGCGCCAGCUGUUCGAGGUUCUCGAGGUCUGGGUCCUCGCCGCCCUCGUAGGGCUCUUCACUGGAUUCUCUGCGUUCUACAUCCACCACGCGUCCACCUUCGUCAGCGACCUCCGCGUCGGCUUCUGUCGUUCGUUCUUCUGGCUCGACAGAGAGCAGUGCUGCGGAUCCGCCUUCACUGUAGACUUCGCUAACAAUGCAUGCAUCCCACCAGCGCCUCCCUCCCUUCAGUUCUCUCCUCUCCCGUCGUCUUCUCCUCUUUCUUCGCCUGCUUCGUCUCCAGAUGCUUCGUCGUCCACUGAAUCGGCUGAUGCAGUGGGCAGAGGGGGGAAAUCUGCGGAGGGUGGCGAGGCCGCGAAAGCGGCGCGUCUUCUCUUUCCGCCGACGUGGCUGUCCUGGUCUGCUCUUGUCCUCGGCCCGACGUCUGAACCCUUCGUCCACGCGGAUCUGAAGAUGCGUCCUUCCCUUUCUCCUCCCUCUUCUUCUUCUCCGUCUUCUUCUCCUUCUUCUUCUACUUCUCCCUCUCCUUCGUCUCCUCCCUCUUCCUCUCCUCCGUCUUCUUCUCCUCCGUCUUCUUCUACUUCUCCCUCUCCUUCGUCUCCUCCCUCUUCCUCUCCUCCGUCUCCUUCUCCUCCCCCUUCCUCUCCUCCGUCUUCUUCUCCUCCCUCUUCCUCUCCUCCCUCUCCUUCGUCUCCUCCCCCUUCUUCUCCUCCGUCGUCUUCUUCUCCCUCUUCUUCUUCCCCUCCUCCUUCUUCGUCUCCUCCGUCUUCUUCUCCUCCGUCGUCUUCUUCUCCCUCUUCUUCUUCCCCUCCUCCUUCUUCGUCUCCUCCCCCUCCUUCUCCUCCGUCUUCUUCUACUUCUCCCUCUCCUUCGUCUCCUCCCUCUUCCUCUCCUCCGUCUCCUUCUCCUCCCCCUUCCUCUCCUCCGUCUUCUUCUCCUCCCUCUUCCUCUCCUCCCUCUCCUCCCUCUCCUUCGUCUCCUCCCCCUUCUUCUCCUCCGUCGUCUUCUUCUCCCUCUUCUUCUUCCCCUCCUCCUUCUUCGUCUCCUCCCCCUCCUUCUCCUCCCUCUUCCUCUCCUCCGUCUUCUUCUUCUCCCUCCUCUUCUCCUUCCCCCUCUGCGGACUUGUCGGAGAGAGCGCAGGGACCGGCUGACGAGGCACCCGAGAAGAGAAACGAAUCGGCGGAGGUAGACAAAACAAGUCAUCCGAGGGAAAAUGCGAGCAACGGCAGCCCGGCAUCGGGGCGUCUUUCUGGCUCUGAAAAAGAAGCAACGCAGAACAGUUCAGACCUCGACAAAGCCAGCUCCCCUUCUCUUGCCGCCACGACGAAAGACAGGGAAAGGACCGCUCCAGUUGUUUCUUCGUCUCCUCCUCUCCCUGUCGCUUCUCUCUCUGUCCAGUCUCCGCGAAACUCUCAAGGCGAUCCUACUUCUUUCUCGACUUUUCCUCCGUCGUCCUCUUCGUCUCCUUCCUCUCCUCCUUCGGCUCUUCCUCCCUCGUCUUCUUCUACUGUGGCUUCUUCUCUUUCGUCCCCGCCUCCGGGGCCUGUGACGUCGGCUCUGGAAGAGAGCAAACGUAAUGAGACAACGGCGUCUGGAGAAAAGAAGCAACCGUAUUCAGGUGUCGUUACACUCGAACCCUUGCCUUCACAUCCGUCUUCUGUCUCCAACGUGAUUUCCCUCUCAUCUCUCUCUCCCGUUGUCUCUUCUCGUCGCCUUUCUGUCAACUUUCCUUCUCCCCACCAACCCAAACAACCUUCGUUUUCGCCGGUUCAUCCUUCUUCUCCUUACUCUUCCUCUCCCUCUGUACCUGUACCUCCGUCUUCUCCAUCCAUGCCUCUGCUUCCUUCUUCUCCUCCAUCUGUACCUGUGCCUCCGUCUUCUCCACCACCUUCUUCGUCUCUCUCUGCACCGGUACCUCCUUCUCCGUCCUCGUCUUCUUCUCACUCUUCUUCUCCCCCCUCCGUUCUUCCAUUACCACCGCAUGUUCCUUCUUCUCCUUCGCCUUCAUCCGCUUCCUCUCCUUCUAUGCCUCUGCCUACUUCGUCUUCGUCUCCUCCUUCAUCUCCUCCUUCCUCUCCCUCUGUACCUCUGUCUUCUUCGUCCCCAUCUGUGCCUCCAUCUCCUUCUUCUCCGGUGUCUGUACUUCUUUCUCGCUCUUCUUCUCCUUCUUUCUCUCCGGAUUCUGCGCCUUCCUUUUCGGAGUCACUUUCUUCUUUCGUUCGCGAGGCGGCGAGAGUAACAGGCGCGGGAGCGAGACGCGUCGCGCGCGUCAUCUUCGAUUUUCUCUUUUUCGCUCUCGUGACAAUCGGCGCAGUCGCCGCCGCCGCAUGGCUUGUCUGCGCCUUGGCUCCGAAAGCCGCAGGCUCGGGAAUUGCUGAAGUCAAGGUGCUCUUGAACGGCUUCCGUUCUCUCCCCCAUGUGUUGUCCGCGACUGUGUUGAUUGUGAAGAUUUUCGGCCUCUCUCUGGCAGUUGGCAGCGGCCUCGUGCUUGGAAAAGAAGGCCCAAUGGUUCACGUCGCUUGUUGCUGGGCGCAUCUGCUCCUGCGGCUCUGCUCCCCGUCGCCCGGCGCUCCUCGAAGAAAGAAACGCUUUCCCCAGUGUCUGCCUCCGUCGUCUCCCCACAGAGAGAACCGUGAGGACGCCUGCGACCAUGCAUCUCUCCUGCCUUCGUCCGUCUCUGCCCCCGUGUCUCCCUCCCGCCCUCCUCGCCUCCCCGCCUCGUCUUCUUCUUCUUUUGCUCCCUCGCCGUCCUCUCCGCGUCCUGCGUCUGCACCGUGGGAAGGCAAGACGCGGUGCUUGCGCGGGCGCUUUUUGCGCAGUCGGGAGGAGAGUGUGCAGAAGCCUCUGCUGGCGGCCGCGAGCGCGGCGGGGAUGAGCUGCGCCUUUGGGAGUCCAAUCGCAGGCGUCUUGUUUGCUUUCGAGGAGAUGGGCGCUUCAGAUCUCCCAGGGUCCGCGCUCUGGCUGUGCUGCUGCGCGUGCGUCUCUGCGUCGACUGUGCUGGAAAUCCUGAACUCGCAGGCGACGCCGAAGGACUCGAAAACCGGCUUCUUCUCACCCUUCUCCCGCGGGGGGCCUUCCCGCUGGCUGCGCGACUCGGCAGACUUCUUCCAUACGUUCGAAGUCGUCGAACUUCUGCCCUUCGCUCUGCUGGGGCUCCUCGGCGGCGUCCUCGGCCCUGUGUUCAUCUGGUUAGCGCUCCGCGCCGCGCAACUCCGGCGAGCGCAUCGGCCAGCGCCUCGCGCAGCAGAGGACAGCACAGACUGCCGCCGAAACUCCAGGCGAACGGCGACGGAGCCGCGAACUCACGCACAGGCCCAACGCAGCGGAACGGGAGAAGAAGGCGGAGAAGAAGAGGGAGAGGUGAAGAGGGAGGAGAGACGAGGAGGUCGGGAGACGGAAGAAGCAGGGAGAGGGGAGGAAGAUGCGAGAGGGGAGAAAUCGUUUCUCAGAAAGACGUUGGAGAAAAUUCAAAGUCAGGGACCCAUUGCCGACUGCGUCUGCGUCGCUGCAUGCACUGCCCUUGUCAACUUCGUGUUCCCGAUGGUCGGCGCCUCCUCAGGAGACCUUCUCGUGAAUCUUUUCUCGAGAUGUUCGUCGACAGCGGGGCACCCCGUGGAUCGCUUUGGGAUGUGCGCUCCUGCACCUGCCUCCUUUCCACCGUCCGUUCCGAUUUCUUCGUUUUCUGAGUCGCUGCAUGCGCCUGCUCUCUUCGUCUCUCCUUUGGGCGUCGAGACAGCCGGAGAGGCCUCGACACCUCCAGGGCUCCCAGGCUCGGCGUAUCGCCUCGACGCCGCCGUGCUCGGCGAACUGUUUCUUCUCCUCCUCCUCAAAUUUUCGCUCGCUGUCGCCACGUUCGGCCUCGCGCUGCCUGCAGGCAUCUUCGUUCCAGCCUUGAUUAUCGGCUCUGCGUACGGGCGCCUGGUCGGUCUGUUGGUGUUGAAACUGAACAUGGCGUACCCUUUCAUGACGGUGAAUCCUUCUCCGAGCAGCUACGCUCUCGUGGGCGCCGUCUCCUUUCUCUGCGGCAUCACACGAAUGAAUUUGUCGCUGGUGCUCCUCAUGAUGGAAAUCUCUUCUCAAGCGCAAGGCUCGCCCAAUUCCUCGGCCUUCGGACUCCCCUUCCUCCUCGCUCUCGGCGUCGCAAAAGGAGUCAGCGGUGCCCUCUGCGGCUACUCCCUCUACGACGGCCUCCUCGUCUGCAAGCGCUAUCCCUUCAUGUUCCAUACGCAGGAAGUCUCCUUCGCGAAUCUGCGAGCUGCAGACGUCAUGGAAAGAAACGUGGUUUUUCUUGCCGUCAACGAGAGGCGAACGCUCGGCGAUCUUCUGCACCUUGUCUCCAAACAUCCGUUUGAAGGCUUUCCAGUCGUCCUGGACUCGGAGUCGCGCGUGGUGCUGGGCUACCUCUGCUCGCACCGCUUGCGAGACGUUUUGGAGGAGCUGCUGCGCUCUCAACACCCGUUCAUCCACGCCCACACUUUCGUCUCGUUCUCCAGUUCUUCGUUCGCCGCGUCAGCGCGGUGGAGACGCGGCGCGGUCUCUCUGCUGUACGUACACCGGAGCGGGCGCCGGCGCGUGCAGCCGCUGCUGCUCUGCUCUGAGACAGGACACGAAGCCGACAGCCGGGAAGAAGGACCUGGAGAGGAGACGGAGCAGUUGAGGGGGAAGAAGGACAUGGAGGCACGAGAUCUCUCUGCCUUUCUCCUCGAUUCACGAGAGAGUGCAGACGCUCGCGACGUUGAACGGGGACACCCAAUCGCUUGGCUUCCGACCUUCUCAGGGUCUGAAGAAAACGUGGAACUCCUCUCGCUGUCGACUUCUCCAUCUCCAAGUUGGGAUACUCCAACACAGCACCUUUCUUCCUCCUCCUCUUCCUCCUCUUCUUCCUCUUCCGCUUCUUCUUCGUCUUCGUUGUGUUUGCGAGAAGGCGAGUUGCGUGCGUCGUUGGAGACGAGAGAGGCGAGCGAGAGAGAAGCGGCGCAUGAAUUCGAGAAGGGAAGCGUCUCCGCCACGCGCGAGCAGGGGCGACGGGGAGGAGCUGAGAGAGACAGGAAAAGUCACUUGUUUUGCCGGAUGCCCUCAGCCGGCUACCUCGAGCAGCCGAGCGCGCGCGAAGGCGGAAAGCCUUCGCACGCAGACGCGCAUGCAGACAUGGAAAUUGAAGACGUCCGCCUCGACAUGUCCAGCCUUGUUGACGAAACACAGCCGCUUCAGUUGCCUCCAGAAACGCCUCUCAUCGAUGUCUAUGGCACCUUCAAACAACUCAAAUGCUCGAUGUGCUUGCUGUCUCGUCACGGGCGUCUUCACGGCAUGAUCACGAAGGGAACGUUCAUGCCUUACAUGAAAUUCAAGCACUUUCAAGCGGAUUAA